AGGGACUUUAUUAGGUAAAACCAUAAAAUUCAAAGGUCGAAAUGAAUAACUAAAAUUGUUCAGGGGAUUAAAUGGGAUAUGGCGUAAAAUGAAAAUUAGGGCUGAAGAAGAUCAGUACAUUCGGUAGUCCAAUAAAACCUCAAAACCAAUUCCUUUCCCCGCCGGCUCCUUAUCUUGGCGCCGGAGUUGCUGUCCAUCUCACCGUUCGUUGGCCUCUCUCUUCCUCCUCUCUAUCUGGUUUCUUGCCAAUCUGGCAGCGGCGGAAGCUUUCAGUUUGUAGCUCUGCUGUUUCGGAUGCAUCAAUGUUAAGUCCGGUUCAGCUCCAGUGAACUGAUAAUCGAGUCUGGAGCCUCUGCACAGACUAGCUUUUUCUUAAAUGGAAAAUGUGAUGAUGGGGCGCCAUUUUCUGGGUUGUUCUUCGAUCUGGCAAUCAAUUUAUAGAAUGAAAAUUGUCCGAGCGUUGGAAUAGCGUUUCCUUCGGUUUGAGGUAUAAGGAAAUCCUGAAUCCCUAGCCGAGAAAGAAAGAAUCAUGAACAACAGUGAGAAGAAGCGGAUGAAUGGUGAAGCAGAAGAAGAGAAUGAAGAAGAUGUUGAAGAUGAAGGGCGUGAUGCGUGGGAGAGGACAUACACAGACGAGAGAUCAUGGGAGGCAUUGGAAGAGGACGAGUCAGGACUGCUUCAACCUAUUGAUAACAAGGCAAUCUACCAUUCUCAGUAUCGUAGACGCCUUCAGUCUCUUUCAGCCGCGUCCGCUGCAUCGAGGAUCCAAAAGGGGCUCAUUCGGUUUCUCUGCGUCGUGGUCGAUCUUUCCAAGGCAGCCGGAGAGAUGGAUUUCAAACCAAGUCGGAUGGCUGUGAUUGCAAAACAUGUUGAGGCUUUCAUUAGGGAGUUUUUCGACCAGAACCCACUAAGUCAGAUUGGUCUGGUGAUUAUAAAAGAUGGGGUAGCUCAAUCUUUGACAGAACUUGGUGGGAGUCCCGAGGCCCAUAUUAAGGCCUUGAUGGUUAAGUUAGGUUGUUCAGGGGACUCGUCACUCCAGAAUGCUCUUGAACUUGUCCAUGACACUCUCCAUAAAAUCCCAUCAUAUGGUCACCGUGAAGUUCUCAUCUUGUAUUCUGCACUCUCAACCUGUGAUCCGGGUGAUAUAAUGGAGACUAUCCAGAAAUGCAAGAAGGCUAAACUAAGGUGCUCGGUUAUUGGCCUCUCUGCCGAAAUGUUUGUGUGCAAACAUCUUUGCCAGGAAACUGGUGGGUCAUAUAUGGUUGCCUUGGAUGAGGGUCACUUCAAAGAGCUCUUACUAGAGCAUGCACCACCUCCUCCUGCCCUUGCUGAAUUCGCCAUUGCGAAUUUGAUCAAGAUGGGUUUCCCACAAAGAGCAGCAGAAGGUUCGAUAGCAAUCUGCUCCUGCCACAGAGAAGCGAAAGUAGGCGAAGGGUAUAUAUGUCCAAGAUGCAAAGCCCGUGUAUGUGAACUGCCCACAGAAUGUCGUUUCUGUGGAUUGACACUUGUUUCAUCACCCCAUCUAGCUAGAUCUUAUCAUCAUCUUUUCCCAAUCGAGCCAUUCACCGAGGUAUCUGCACGUCAAUUGGAAUUGAGCAGAGUAGCUUCAAAAACUUGCUUCGGUUGUCGUGAGAGCCUUCUCACUCCUGGUACUAACAAGGCUGGCCCUUGUGCGGCUUGUACAAAGUGCAAGCAGUAUUUCUGCCUUGAUUGCGACAUUUAUAUUCACGAGAGCUUGCACAACUGCCCUGGCUGCGAGAGCCGAAGAAUUACCCCAGCGGCUGCCUCUGUUACUAUGAGUUGAUAAACUUGUGCAUUUUUCCAUUCCAGAAGUUCCAGUUGUAGAGAGUUCUGGAUACAUUGAAAAGGUAGAGUUGGAAGGUAACUUGGUCGAAUCCAGGCACAGAAUUUGUCCUUCUAUUGAUGCUUUCUUCUAUAUGAAAAGAAAAUAACUAUUCUUUGGUAUACAAGUAAAGGGUGUUUGUUUUAGUUAGCAGUGUCUUUUUGGUUUGGACUUGAAGACCCUGUAUUGCUUUCAACCAAUGUGCACUAUCUUCUUCGAUUACUUUGCUAUAGAUUGGUGGUGGAGCCAUGGAAUACCCACUACCAGUCUACCUCCCAACGGUCGUCGCAGCCACAAAGAAUGGUUGGAGUGAAACCAAUAAUGACCAAUUCUGUCUUAGUUUCCUUUAUUAUUUGCCCCACUCAAACGUUCAACAACGACCCACGUUUUACUUCACCCUUACCACAAUAAAGCAGAAAAAAACACUCUACAUUCCGUUGUUGCCACUGCCACACAGAAACAGCCGAAAGAACUCGUCUUUCCUUCCAUUAUUAAAGAAAACUGGCCAAACCCAAAACUCGUCUUUUUGUUAUCUAUCUCCCCUUCUCUAUAUCUUUAAUCUUUAGUGAUCAAUCAAUCAAGUGACUCACCGAAGUUGAGCCAUGGAAGAGGUGGUAGUAGAGAAGGAGCAUAUUCAAUCAAAUCAACCAAGUGCUCUGAUUCCUCAGCUGGAAUCGCCCGUGGAACAGAAGCAGCAGCAGCAGCAGCAGCAGAGUUCAUCGCCGGAGUCUGAUGAAGUAGUUGUUGGUGGCGCAGGAGAAUUGAGCAAAAGCGACGGCGGCAACAACAUCCCCGUUCUUGUUCCUCUCCAAGUUCCCAAGGCUUUCAAGUACCCAGAAAGAUCCUUAAAGUUCCAGUUGUUAUCACAGCUCCCUGUGUACUUUGCAGUUAGAUUUUACAAUGAUCUAUCCUCGCUCUGUUAUACUUAUUUUCAUGGUACCGUAGUCCGACUGAUGCGAUGGUUUCUCCGAUCACGAGAGGCCUUAUGGGAAGGAGAAGAAGGGGUGGUGGCGAAGGAGCACCACUCCCGUUGCCGCCCGUCAGCACAAAUCUGUCACAAAAGCUCCAGGCGGCAGAGUAAAGUGCAGAGCUUCAAGUGGAUUCCCCUUCCGUACUAAUGGUGGUUUAUAAUUUCGCCUACAUACGGGUUGUAAAUUGUUGUAAUAUCUCUGUUGUGCUCCUACUUUUGGUUGAUGGGUUUCAUUUAUCCCUUUUCAAGUCUAGGUUUGGCAGCUUGUCUGUUUAGUUCUUGCAACCUAGCUCUAUAUUGCACCUCCUCCUAGAAAUGUAUAAACUCUUAUGGUUACCUACAUUGGUGUGACAAACACAAUCAUAGAGUAAGAAUAAUUAUGUUCUUAAUAAGGACAAAGUGAUUAAUAAGAGUGUCUGGUAAAAUUCUAUGACGAC